GUUAAGUGAGAGAGGUCUCCCACAAAGUUCGUUUUGUUUUUGUUUUGUUUUCUAAUUUUUUCAACUAAUUAUAUAUUUAUUUAAUAACGCGCCCAGCUGUGCUUUAAUUAUGUCCUACAAGGUUGAGCCACUGCCCGACUCCUUCGCCGGCCUGGGCGAGGGUCCCCACUGGGACGAGGCCCGCCAGAGCCUGUACUACGUGGACAUCGAGGCCGGCGGCCUGCUGCGCUACGACUACCAGGAGAACAAGGUCUACAAGGCCAAGAUCGAGGGCGAGCCCCUGGCCGGCUUCGUGCUGCCCAUCGAGGGACGCCCGCAAGAGUUCGCCGUCGGCUGUGGCCGUCGCGUGGAGAUCGUCCAGUGGGACGGUGUCUCGCCCACCGCCAAGGUGGUGCGCCAGCUGUUCCAGGUGCAGCCUCUGCUGGAGAAGAACCGUCUAAACGACGCCAAGACUGAUCCCCGUGGCCGUUUCUUUGGCGGCACCAUGCGCUACAUUGGCGACGAGUUCGAGUUCCGUCACGGCGAGCUGUACCGCUGGGAGGCCGGCGGCCAGACGUCGGUGGUCAAGGGCGAUGUGGGCAUCUCCAACGGCCUGGCCUGGGACGAGAAGGCCAAGAAGUUCUACUACAUCGACACCACCGACUACGAGGUCAAGUCCUACGACUACGACUUUGAGACUGGAGUCGCCAGCAAUCCCAAGGUGGUCUUCAAUCUCCGCAAGUCCAGUCCCAAGGACCAUCUCCUGCCCGACGGCCUCACCAUCGACACUGAGGGCAACCUCUACGUGGCCACCUUCAACGGAGCCACCAUCUACAAGGUCAAUCCCAACACUGGCAAGGUCCUGCUGGAGAUCAAGUUCCCCACCAAGCAGAUCACCUCGGCGGCCUUCGGUGGCCCCAACCUGGACAUCCUGUACGUGACCACCGCCGCAAAGUUCGACCAGCCCUCUCCGGCUGGCACCACCUUCAAGGUAACUGGCCUGAAUGCCACCGGCUAUCCCGGCGUGAACCUGAAGAUCUAGGAGCUGGGCGUCGACGUCUUCAAGCAAUAUAAUGUACCAUUCGAAUCCUCAAGUGCAAUUAUAUGUUAUAAUUUCUUAAAUAUCAA